GCUACGACGGCUCCUCCUCUCGUUCCCUUCAAAAAAAAAAAUCACUUCGAAAAGUUCCACUUAAUACUCUUGUCUCGACGUCGCCGCCACCACGGUUGUUGCUGGGGAUGGCUGAGGCGAAGGGCGCGGCUGCCCCGCUGCUGGCGCGGGAGGACGGGAGAGGGCGUGGAGGCGGGGGAGGAGCAACCUGGGCGCAGACGCUGGGCAACGUGGUGGUGUCCAUUGUGGGCACGGGGGUGCUCGGCCUGCCCUACGCCUUCCGAGCCGCCGGCUGGGUCGCCGGAUCCCUCGGCGUUGCCGCCGCAGGAUUCGCCAUGCUCUACUGCAUGCUCCUCCUCGUGGACUGUAGAGAUAAAUUGCAAGAGGAAGAAACUGAUGAACCCAAGAAUUAUACAUAUGGAGAUUUGGGUGAGAAGUGCUUUGGCACUAUUGGUCGAUGCUUGACGGAAAUUCUCAUUCUUGUCUCACAAGCAGGUGGUUCUGUAGCUUACCUAGUAUUCAUUGGCGAAAAUCUCCAUUCCGUGUUUAGCCAGUUGAUGUCACCAGCUGGAUUCAUCUUUGCCGUCUUCUUGCCUGUGCAAAUCGCGUUGUCCUUCAUUCUUUCACUAUCUUCUCUUUCACCAUUCAGUAUAUUUGCUGAUGUGUGCAAUGUACUAGCGGUGGCAAUCGUUAUCAGAAAGGAUCUUCAACUAAUUGAUCAUCCUUUUGCAAAUAGAAGUGCUUUUAAUGGAGUUUUGGCGAUACCUUAUGCUUUCGGAGUAGCAGUCUUCUGCUUUGAAGGAUUCAGCAUGAUAUUGGCACUAGAAUCAUCAAUGGCGGAACGUAGAAAGUUCCGUUGGGUACUUUCUCAAGCAGUUGUGGGCAUCAUAGUUUUGUAUGUAUGUUUUGGGGUAUGUGGGUACUUGGCCUAUGGUGAGGCUACCAGGGACAUCAUAACACUUAAUCUUCCCAAUAGUUGGUCAUCUGCUGCUGUUAAGGUUGGCCUAUGCAUUGCACUAGCAUUCACAUUCCCAGUUAUGAUGCACCCGAUCCAUGAGAUUGUGGAGGCGAGGUUCAGAUCAAGUGGAUGCUUCCAGAAGCUUUCCCACGGUGUUCCUGGCGCCGAAUGGCUAGGCCUGCACUCGAGCCGCAUCAUCAUGGUUACUAUUUUAACUGUGAUGGCAUCCUUCAUACCUGCAUUUGGGUCCUUCGUCUCCUUUGUUGGAUGCACAGUCUGUGCGCUGCUCUCCUUUGUGCUACCUACCUUCUUCCACCUCAACAUUGUAGGAUCGUCAAUGAGCAUAUGGAGAAGAGUGCUGGACUACGGCUUCCUUCUCUUUGGCCUGGGUUUUGCUGGUUAUGGAAUAUUCACUGCUCUCCCGUCACACUGACUGAUGAAUUAAUGACAAAAUGUCCAAGAUCUGCAAAUUAGGGUUUAUUGCUUUGGAAGACGUGUCUGGAGAGAAAUUCGGCUGCCCUGGGAUAACAUGCAUCAAAUUGAGAAGACUUUCAUACUCAGCUGAUUAUCCCCUGCCUUGGUUUGAUUUGUUAGGCGGUGGUGUGCUUUAUAUGUAUCUUUACCCUUCGUAUCAUUUUUUUUAAAUGUGUGUUCAUAGGAGGCAACAUGGUGUUUAUUGUGAGUUGGUUGUGAUCCUUA